AUGAGGGAUACUACCGAUCUCCCGAUGAGAAAUGGCAAGGUUCACGUAUCAGAGGAUCCCGUCAGCUUGCAUUAUGUGGUCAAAGAAACCAACGGCGCCGUAGACCAAGUGGACUCUACUGAGAGCCUUGAUACCAACGGUAUCACACCUACCAACGGAAUCAAAACACCCAAAGAUGAACCAACGAAGAAAUUGACAAACGGAGCAACGACAAACGGAGCAACGACAAACGGAGCAACGACAAACGGAGCAACGACAAACGGGGACGCCAGUCUAGAGACCAAAAAUGGGAAGAGUGACGAGAACACCACUGAGAAGAAAGAAGACGACAAAAAGGAGGGAGAGGAGAAGGAAGAGGAGAAGAAGUACGAGCCUCAUGGUUCUAUCAUCGAUGUCCACAAGCUAUAUGAGACCAAGCCCGAUGAGAGUGGAAACACAUCAUGGACUAAAGAUUACCCUGAGAGUUUAAUAGCCCCCGCUGAGGAUGAGGAGUCAGCACAGUAUGCGCUGAUUGUCCGACAUUCCAAGUGCUAUGAUGGGCGUAAAAGCCUCUCCCUUCAUUCAAUUGUCGUUCAGAGUGAGCCGCUCAAGGAGUUCCUUGGCAAGGUGCUGGCAAACUACCCGGGUGUCACCACAACCCUGGAGAGACUCGAGUUCAAUACCCCGUUCAAACCCAUGGUUCAUCGCUGGGAGCAAUUUAUCAAGUUCCGCGACGAGGAGCAAGACCCCACCACCAGGAAGCACGUCGAUCUACUCCACAAGAUUAUCGAGGAGGAACUACGCGACAUUAUUUCUCGAAAAAAUGAUCUUAUUCGCAACGGUGUAAUCACCCACGCGCUUAUCUGGACAAUCUUCGAGCCUGGUGAUGUGAUGAUCACCACUUCGAGUGGACGUACCCGCGCAUUCGAAUUCACUGAAGAUGGUAUCUGCUGCCGUACAAAGGCAUGGGUCAUGACGGGCAAAUUCAUCGAGUAUGACGGUGAAGACUUCGGAUAUGACGAGGAGAAUUUCAAACUAUACCCCUUUAUUGGGACCACGCCAAUUACAUCGUUAGAUGUGUCUCCUCUGAAGUAUCACGAAAAGCCAGAAUCCAUCCGAGAGUCUCUGAUUGCGCGCGGGAAGACCUGGGAGGAACACGCCGGAUACCACUAUAAGGCCUACGAAGGUCUGGCCGUCGGGUUCUUCCAGGAUGACCUGAUCAAAUACCACGUCAAGAGCCGUAUAAUUAUUGAUACAGACGCUUUCAACGUCUUUCAUCCCACGAAGUCUAUCAGUGUUUAUGAUGAGGACGAGUGCCCACAGAAGCUGGAAGAUAAGGAUCGCCUCAUCGCCAGUCCUUAUGUACACGGGUACUCGCUGAAAGACAAGGAGUGGCUGCAGUUCUAUCUGGAUUGCGCCAAGGAUAUCGAAUGGAACUCAGAUGCCUUUGAGUCUUUGGUACCACCCAGAGGUCACGAAGAGCUCAAGGAGCUAAUUCUGGGAAUUGCCACAGCUCAAGCUAAGAAAGAGGAUCGUUUCGAUGAUAUUGUUUCGGGCAAGGGCCAAGGAAUUAUUAUGCAGCUUAGUGGUCCCCCUGGAGUCGGUAAGACGUUGACAGCCGAGUGCGUCGCUGAGGUCAUGCGUGUACCGCUUUAUGCGAUGAGUGCUGGUGAACUAGGUAUCAGCGCUGAGAAAGUGGAGCGAAGUCUCAAGGAUAUCCUGCGGAUGAUCCCCAAAUGGGGCGCUGUUCUGCUUCUGGAUGAGGCGGAUGUAUUUAUGGAAGCACGUAGUGCUACUGAUAUUAUGAGGAAUGAGCUGGUAUCAAUAUUCCUUCGCAUGUUGGAAUACUAUGAGGGAAUCCUAUUUCUCACCACCAACCGAGCCGAGAAUAUUGACCCUGCUUUCGAAUCUCGAAUCCAUCUUGCAAUCGCUUACGAUGAGCUUGACGUUAUUUCAAGGCGCCAGAUCUGGGUCCAGUUCCUGGAGCGAACAGACAACACCGAUGAAUUUACAGACGCACAGCUGGAGAAGCUGUCGGCCAUCGAGAUGAAUGGGCGACAGAUCAAGAAUCUGCUGAAGAUAGCGGGCCUGGUCGCACGUUCACAGAAGUCCAAGCUAGGAUGGUCGCAGAUCCAAGCUAUUCUGAAGCUCCGUCAAAGCAAUGCCCACAAGCCAACUUUCUACAUCUAA